AUGGUGGAACUUUCAAAGUGGCUAAAAGCUCCAUUGCCAACUGAAAAAUUUCCCCCCAAAAAAGCCCAAGGCUGUAGGGCUGGGUCACAGAGCAGUGUGGUGGCUGGCUACUCCUUCUUCAAGGAUGGUCACACCCUGAGAUCAGACUGGAGCUCACCAGAGUUUUGGAUCUCAUCAAUACGGAAGGAAGACUCAGGAUAUUACUGGUGUGAAGCGCUGACAGCAUCUCACAGUGUCUCAAAGCAGAGACACCAAUCCUAUAUACAAGUGCAGACUGAGAAUCAGCGAAUCCCCGUGUCUGGAGUGUUCCUGGAGACCCAGCCCCAGGGGGACCAGGCGGUCGAAGGGAAGAUGCUGGUCCUUGUCUGCUCUGUGGCUGAAGGCACAGGGGACACCACUUUCUCCUGGCACAGAGGGGACACGAGGGAGAGUCUGGGGCAGAAAAUUCAGCGUUCCCAGAGAGCAGAGCUGGAGAUCCCUGUUAUCAGGGAGAGCCACGCAGGGGGCUACUACUGCACCGCUGACAACGGCUACGGCCUCAUCCAGAGCGAGGUGGUGAACGUCUCCGUGAGAAUUCCAGUGUCACAUCCUGUCCUCACUAUCAGUACUUCUGGGGCCCAGGCCUUCACUGGGGACGUGGUGGAGCUUCUCUGUGAGGACAAGAGAGCAUCUCCCCCCAUCCUAUACCGGUUUUAUCAUGAAAAUGUCACCCUGGGGAGCACUUCGGUGCCUUUUGGAGGAGGAGCAUCCUUCAACCUCUCUCUGACCACAGGGCAUUCUGGGAACUACGCCUGCGAAGCCGACAAUGGCCUGGGAGCCCACGCCACGGGAAGGACAAGUCCAAUGUCUCCUUCCUGCCAUUAUGCCAAACUACGGCUUGUGCGUCCUUUCCAUGGAUUUUCCUCUCCCUCAGGGAAUCGAAGCUAG